AUGUUGAUAAAACCAAUUACUGAAACCAGAAACCCUCGCCAUACGUUGGAUGAUGAUGACUCGAAUGCAAAACCAAACCCCAUCCCAGACAUAAAAAUCACAUUGAUUGAGGAUAGUAUCAAAUACGAUUAUGCAUUGAUUGUACCUCAAACAGUAAGCUUGGUACAAGAUCAAUUACCUAAUAAUAACAGUGUUGGAAAAAUAGCAAUUGACUACUCAAGCUCAAUAAAGGACAUUUCAUCAGAGCAAGAACAGGAAGAAUACGAUGAAGAUGAACAGUUGUACGCGGCUCUUCAAAAUGAAGCACUCAAGGAUAAGUUUAAAACAGAGCAUAUACCAAUCUACCUAUCCAAUGGCGUUCUUUCGAUAGUUGCUCCACAUUUUACCAACACAAUUGUCUACAAUCUUCUUGCGAGGAAGUUGGUGCAACAAUUGCAUCCUCUGAUUAGUUGGAUAUUACUUGCCCCCUCAAACUUGAACAAUAACCAAUCGAUAAACAAGCUACUUUUGAAAACUGACGCCUCAUUGUCACUUUUGUCACAGGUGCCAAUUUUGAGACCACCACAUUCAAUAACCGGCAUUACCGCGGCCAUUACCUCACAAUUGGAUGUGGCUAACACGGAGAAUGCCAUCACGUUGGUGUUGAACUCAGAAGGGCCUUUGGGUUUUGAAAAGUCAGAUAACGAUGCUAUCAUUGAUACUGCGUAUGUUUUGAGCGAGAUAAUUGGCAUCAACAAGGAAGAGUAUGUGAAGAGCAUAAGCUCCAAGGUGAGAAAAUUCAAUGGUUACUCGAAUUUGGGCAUAUACAUCUAG